AAGGCGCGCUGAGUUGUGUUUGGCGCUUGAGCUAGAGGAAGAGAUAGACCAAAUUAACUUUCUCUUGUUCUAUGUUGUUCUCGAGUUUUGUGAUUUUAAGGGUAUAUAUAUUUUUUAAAGAUACCAAAAUAUGCCAGAUGAAGAGCUGAAGGUUCCCGACGAGCUUUUUAAAGAUGUUAAGUUCUACGUGGUGGGAGAUAUUGACCAAAAGGUAGUGCAGCUGUUGAAGGCUGGAAAAGCCAAGGAGGUGUCUUACAAUGCCCUUGCUACGCACAUCAUCGCGGAGGAUGGGGACAACCCUGAAGUUGGAGAAUCACGGGAGGUCUUUGAUCUGCCUGUUGUUAAGCCUUCUUGGGUGAUCUUGUCUGUCCGAUGUGGGGAUCUUCUGCCUGUCACUGGGUUUUCUCCAGAAUCAGGACAGAUUUUCUUCGGUGUCACUGCAUGUCUGCCCAAGAUACCUGAGGACCGAAAUCCACUGUGGGCUUUGGUAACCUAUUAUGGGGGAGAGUGUCAGCUGAAUCUCAAUAAGAAGUGUACUCAUUUAAUUGUCCCAGAGCCGAAAGGGGAGAAGUAUGAAUGUGCGCUGAAGCAAAGCAGCAUUCAAAUUGUGACGCCGGAGUGGGUCCUGGACUCCGUCUCCGAUAAAACCCGGAAGGAUGAGGUGCCCUAUCAUCCACGGCUGACCUACCAGGAGGAGGAGGAGGAGGAGGUCGAGAGCGACGAAGAGUACGACCGGGGCUCCCAGUCCGACGGCAGCUACAUCGACAACCGUUCCAGGAAGUCCAGUCGGGCCUCGUCCCUCGGGGACUCUCCCCUGAGCGGCCGCGGGUUCUCCCCGAAGCCUGGGAAGAAGGAAGAGAUCAUGUUCGACGAUUCCUCGGACUCCUCGCCGGAAAAACAGGAGCGGAAUCUGAACUGGACCCCGGCUGAGCUGCCCCAGACUGCUACCGCCAAACGCCGGUUGCCCCAUGGGAAGGACUCGGGCCUCAUCAACCUGUGUGCCAUCGUGCCUCCAGUACCGGGCUCCGUUCUGCCCCCAGAGGCAAGGAAUAACCUGGUGGCGUCGGGGCAGGGCACACAAGGCCCGGAGAGACCAGAACUUCUGGGUUCCUGGAAUCCUGCUGCCCGGACGCUGAGGAAUAUUACAAAUAACGCUGACAUUCAGCAGGUCACCCGGCCCUCAAAUGUUGCACAUAUCUUACAGAGCCUUUCAGCUCCAACAAAAUCACUGGAACAGCAAGCGAAUCAGAGCCAGCAGGGCCACGCAAAUCCUCUCCUGCUCAACCAAGUGAAGCAGCAGCAGCUUUCGGCAGAAGCACAGCAGUUGUUGCAGCAGCAGCCGCAGCAGCAGCAGCAGGCGCCAUCGCAUCAGGUCCAGCAGCAGCAGCAGCAGCAGCAGCUUCACCCUCAGCAGCUGCCCCAACAGCAUCCCCUCUUGCACCUCCAGGCGCCGCAGCUCAUGCAGCUGCAGCAGCCGCAGCAGCAUCUUGCGCAGCAGGCGUUCCCCCAGGCGCCUCAGCAGGCGCACCAGUUCCUACAGCAGCCCCACCAGCAGCAGAUCCACCAGCAGCUCUUCAGUCAGCAGCAGCAGCAGCAGCAGCAGCAGCAGCACCAGUUUGGGCAGCAGCAGCAGCAGCAGCCGCCGCCACCGCCGCAAACCCACCAGUUCACGCAGCAGCAGCAGCAGCAGCAGCAGCAGCAGCUGAGACCUCAGCAGCUGCUCCGGCCGCAGCUGCAGCAGCAGCUGCAGCAGCAGCAUGCGUUGCAGCAGCAGUUGCACCGGCUGCAGCUGCAGCAGCAGCAGCAGCAGCAGCAGCAGCAGCAGCAGCAAAACCACCAGCAGCAGCAGCAGCAGCAGCUGCAGCAGCUGCAGCAUCAGCAGCAUCAGCAACAUCUCUUGCAGCAGCAGCAGCAGCUGCAGCAGCAGCUGCAGCAGCAGCACAUGCAGCAACAGCUGCAGCAGCAGCAGCAGCAUCAGCAGCAGCAGCAUCUCCAGAAUCAGACCCCUCAACAGCUGUUGCCACACACUACACAGCAUCUCCAGCCACAGCAGCAGCAGCAGGUGCCACUGCAGCCCCUUCAGCAGAAUCAGCUCUUUGGGCAUGAUCCAGGAGUCGACAUUCCUGAGGAGAGUUUCCUAAUCGGCUGUGUUUUUGGCAUUGCUGAUUAUCCAGAACAGAUGUCUGACAAACAAUUACUCGCAACUUGGAAGAGAAUAAUUCAAGCGCAUGGGGGAGCAGUGGAUUCCACGCUCAACCCUCGCUGCACACAUCUGCUGUGUGAGAGUCAAGUCAGCAGCAUGUAUGUUCAGGCUCUGAGGGAGGGAAAGCGCUGUGUCACCGCGCACUGGCUGAACACGGUCUUGAAGAAGAAGAAGAUGGUCCCGCCUCACCGCACGCUGCACUUUCCUUUCGCCUUCCCCCCUGGAGGAAAGCCAUGCUCUCAGCACAUCGUUUCAGUGACUGGGUUUAUAGACACGGAUCGGGAUGACCUCAAGUUGAUGGCUUACUUGACCGGAGCCAAAUAUACAGGCUACCUGUGUCGCAGUAAUACUGUGCUCAUCUGUAAAGAACCCAGUGGAUUAAAAUACGAGAAAGCCAAAGAAUGGAGGAUACCUUGUGUCAAUGCUCAGUGGCUCUGCGAUAUUCUUCUUGGCAACUUCGAAGCUCUGCGCCAGAUCCAGCACAGCCGUUAUUCAGUUUUUAACCUUCAGGACCCUCUGGCACCAAAUCAACAUUUGGUACAGAAUUUAUUGGCGGCAUGGCAAGGACCUUUGAAGAUCUCACCAGAUGUCCUGGUUACCAUCCGGCUUCAGCAGAAGCAGAGACAGAGUGAACCUAACCCACAACCUCCCGCGAAAAAGCCAAGAAUUGAAGAUUUGCCAACUCCAACUAAAAAACUACCACCGGAAUCUACCCCCGCCGUUUUCUUCACUGGAUUUGAACCAGCCCAGGUUCAACAGUAUAUAAAGAAGUUGUAUGUUCUUGGCGGUGAGGUGGCGGAGUGCGUGCAGAAGUGUACCCAUCUCAUCGCAAGCAAAGUGACACGAACAGUGAAAUUUCUCACAGCUGUGUCCAUUGUGAAGCACAUAGUGACUCCGGAGUGGUUAGAGGAAAGUUGGAAAACCCAGAAAUUUGUUGAUGAGCAGAAUUUCGUGCUGAGGGAUGCGGAGGCGGAGGUGCUGUUCUGCUUCAGCUUGGAGGAGUCGCUGAAGAGGGCGCACUCGGCUCCUCUCUUCAAGGGGAAGUAUUUCUAUAUAACUCCAGGAAUCUGCCCAAGCCUCACAACGAUGAAAUCCAUUGUGGAAUGUGCAGGUGGCAAAGUGUUGGCAAAGCAGCCUUCCUUCCGUAAAAUCAUGGAACACAAGCAAAAUAAGAGUUUACCGGAGAUAAUUUUGAUAUCCUGUGAAAACGAUCUUCAUUUGUGCAGAGAGUAUUUUGCCAAGAAUAUAGAUGUCCAUAAUGCAGAGUUUAUCUUGACGGGAGUGCUAACACAGACCUUGGAUUACGAAACGUAUAAAUUCACGUGAUUCCCAACCUUCGGCUGAAGAGGAGAGAAGAAGGGGAAGAGACAAAUAACACAAAAAAUAAUAAAGCUUCCUUCACAGACACUUUAUGCUGGGAAAGUUCCAAGUUGUUGAAGAAGUACAAUUGUGUCACUUUGAAAGUUUUUGUACACUAUUAGUACAUUUUGUCAUUAAGGUAGCUGAUAAGGAGUAUAUUUAAAAAAAAUAUAUGAAAAGGUGUGGAACUUUAAAAAUAAUGUUAUUUUUAAGGGCUACCAUCUUAAAUUGUUUUUUACUGUACAGUUUUUAAUUAAAUAUGUUUUACUGUUUCGUGCCCUAUUUUGGAAUAAAGUUGCU